ACCUCGAGAUCUCGACCCACUCUCUCAUUUCCUUUAAACCCUCCCUUGCACGUCAGACUGCUGCAACGCUCUAAGCAAAGCCAUCUUGUGCACCCACCGCUGUGUGUAGCCUUCCCGGUCGACGACGCAAGAGCGAUUUGGGCGUUGCUCGUCGAGUCUGCGGCAACAACCCUCAACCCCCUCUCUUUCUUCGUACGAAUUCGGAACCUGGCUAGCUCCACAUAAGGUUUCCUUUUUUCUUCUUCGUCUCCAGCUCUCCCUCCUCUCUUACGCAAGGCCCCUAAAGAAACACGUUUUGGGCGACAACCAAUGUCCUUCACGCCAGGAGCAGGCGCUUCUACAGGGACCACGCGUGUGGCAUUCGCCAAGCUCGCACUGGUCUGCACCACUGCUGUGGGCCAUGCCCUUGCCGCUCCACUCUUUCCAGGCAGCGGUGAUGUGGGCGCGACGCGGGCCAGCCAUCGACCGCAGGAGCCGCAAGAGCCCAGGACCGUCGGCCAGCUUGUCGUCGACUGCUUGAGCAUCGCUGCGCUCGUCCUUGGUGGUGGGCUGUGCGCUGGCCUGACGCUGAGCCUCAUGGGUCUCGACUCGGUCAAUCUGCAGGUGCUUUCCACUGCCGGUUCCGAGACGGAGAAGCGCAACGCAACAAAAGUGCUCCGUCUGCUCGAGCGAGGCCGUCACUGGGUCCUUGUCGUUUUGCUUCUCUCCAACGUCAUCGUCAACGAAGCACUGCCCAUCUUCUUGUCCGACUUUGGCGGCCCAGCAGCUGUGCUGACCUCGACGGUGCUCAUCGUCAUCUUUGGCGAGGUGCUGCCGCAGUCGAUCUGCGCACGCUACGGCUUGUCGAUUGGUGCAGCUUGCGCACCCUUCGUCUGGGCCCUCAUGGUCAUCCUCGCACCCAUUGCCUGGCCCACCGCCAAGCUGCUCGAUUACAGCCUUGGAGAAGACCACGGCACGACGUACAAAAAGGCAGAGCUCAAGACGUUCGUCUCGCUCCACCAGCAGCUGGGCACUGAGAACCUCAACGAGGACGAGGUGACCAUCAUCCGUGCCGUGCUGGACCUCAACGACAAGACGGUGCGCGACGUCAUGACGCCCAUCGCAGAUGUCUUUACGCUCAGCGGCGACACCAUCCUCAACGAGGAAGGCGUCGAGAAGCUCGUGCAGUCGGGCUACUCGCGUGUGCCAAUCUAUGAAAAGGGAAAGCCAGACUCGAUCAUGGGCAUGCUCCUCGUCAAGGAUCUCAUUACCUACGACCCUGAGGAUGGCAAGAUGGUUUCGUCCUUCCAGCUGCGACCCUUGCCUGAGACGGGUGCCGACAUGACGCUGCUGUCCACUCUCAACUACUUCCAGACCGGACGCUCACACAUGCUCCUCGUGAGCGAGCAUCCCGGUGAGCCAAAGGGCGCUCUCGGCGUCGUGACGCUGGAAGACGUCGUCGAGGAGCUCAUCGGCGAAGAGAUCAUCGACGAGACGGACGUUUGGGUCGAUGUCCACAACCGCAUUCGUGUCUCGAGAAAGCCCAACGAGCCUGCCGGUGGCGCCGAUCUCGGCCCUCUCGUCCGCGGUAUCAUUGAGCGGCGCAGGCUUGGCGGGCUCAAACAGCGCGCACCGCUCAGGGCCAGCUUUGCCGGCCAGGGGCAAGGACAAGGGGCCGCAGGCAAGGGAGUCCAGGAUCGCGUCCUGAUCAAACGGCCCACUUCCCCCAGCUCUCGAUCCCAGUCAGGCGCCACGUCGGGUGACGGUGGUUUCGACCGCACGCUGUCAUGGAGCAGCACAAACUCGCCGUUGAGCAAGUCGGAGAAUCUGUCGAGGAGCCACGACGAGAUGAUGCGUUCGCGAAGCUCGACACCGACUCAGCAGUACUUCUCGACGUCUUCGUCGGACAACAAAAAUGCACCUCAUCAGCCAUCGAUGCAGCCGUCGCUGCUGGACGAGGAGAUCAGGGAGGACCCACAGGUGGAGGCAGAGGCAGACCAGGGAGAAAGAAAGCCCCUCUUGGACAAGAGGCGCAGGAAGAACGGUCAGGCCUGAGACGUUUCCGUCGAAGGAGGCAUUCGAGUCAUUGAAUCAGCACAGUCAUUCUUCGAGUCAUGGACCUUUGAAGUAACCUAGUCUUUCAAGCAGCAGUUUAAUCGUCUUGUCAAUUUCUUCUUCUCCAUGGAGUGUUUUCUUCCCUUAGUGUACUGUACCAUCGUCUGACCAUGACUCUUUCUCGUUCGUUGCCUGGGGCUGAAUAGCGUCUUCACACGUGGCGCGCGACUUGGAAAGGGAAUAAAAAUUUAAG